GGAUAGUCGUUGUAGUUAUACACAGUGCAGCGUAUCACAGUAACGUUAGAAUACUUAUGCUUUUAAUGUGUUGCUAUGAAGCAGCAUGGGCAAACGCCGCUGGACUGAUGACCAACUGCUUGCGUUGCAACAAGCUGCAGAACGUAUAGCUGCAGAUAAUAGAAGAGUUACUGUCAAGCACCUAGGACACUCGAUUUGCCAAUGUUACCAAGAAGCAACUAGAUACCUUUAUUUACAACACUAAUCGUGGUAAAGAAUUAAGGCAUGGUAGCGGCACCAAUGAGGCAGCUGUUAACGAAGAGGAGAAGUCUGGUCCGCCACCACGCAAAAGACGCUGUCGGUGGAGUACUGAAGAUGAGCAGGCUUUUGGACAAGCAUUACAAACGAUCGUGGCUACAGGAAGUUUCGCCACAGGCAGUGCUGCAGGAAAUGGGGCGGCCCAGUGUUAAAGCACGCGUGGUGCGGAAUCGACUGCGGAAGGAACAAAUUUGAAAAGACGAUGGUCAGAAUGUUGCAAGCCGCGCUCAAGAGGAGAGCGGUAUAGAAGAUGACGACUUUGGUGACGAGGCUCUGCCAGCAUUCGACGAAAACAGUGGUGUGCAGAGGUGCACCUAUAAUUCAGUUGAAGCAGCAGAGGAAGCCUGCAGACCUGCCUUUGCUGAGUCCUGCUCGUAUGCCUGCUGCUGCUGCGAACGCAAGCUGUUCAGGCAAUCAGUAGUGGAGGUCACAGAAAACAUGUAUGACACACUCAACGAGGAGUGGGCUACCAAUCUAGCGGGCUGGGUAACACGGCGCGGUGUGGGCUACAUAUGCCACACAUGCCUUGGCAGCAUUCGUAGGGACCGGUGCCCGAGGUUUUCAUUGGACAACGGGCUAGAACUUCCAGAGGUUCCACCUGAGCUGCAAGGCAUUCCCGAGCUUGCAGAACGGAUGAUUGCUAUACGCAUACCAUUCCUGCAGUUACGGAGACUUCCAAAUGGAAACCAACAUGGACUGAAAGGACUUGGACAAGGAGCGGUUGGACCGCCCCUUCGGCGGGCUGCAGCUGGUGCUGUGCGGCGAUUUCUUCCAACUGGGGCCCAUCGAGCAUGACAGCCAGGACGAAGGGCCCGAACCGGGUCAGCAGGAGCCCUUGGAGCAGGCCUUCCUCAACCGGGGCUACCUGUUCGAGGCGCCCGUGUACGAGUACGGUGGUUUCAAGGAGGUCCACCUCACCAAGGUGUUCCGUCAGUCGGACGCGAGCUUCCAAAGCGACCUGAUGACCGUGCGCUGCGGCGGGCAGGACGAGUACGAGAAGGUGAUGGAGCAGCUAGUGCGGGACUGCAGCCGCCCGCUCGAUGAGUCAGACGGCAUAAAGGCCACAGUACUGUACGGACAUAACAAAGAGGUGGACCAGGAGAACAAGAAGCAGCUGGACAACUUGAGCACGCCGGAGGAGUCGUUCGUUGCUCAGGACACGGUCGCCAUCACCUUCAACCCACCGGAUGGUCACAACAAGCGGAAGUGGCGAUUUGAUACACAGACCUUCCUAAUGAACAGGGAAUAUGGUCUUUUCAAAGACUGCCAGGCAGCGGACAAGGUGCAGCUCAAGGUGGGCGCGCAGGUGCUGCUGCUGCGGAACCUGGACGUGCAGGCAGGGCUGGUCAACGGCUCGCGCGGGGUGGUGGUGGGCUUCACAGCCCCCAGGACGAGCGGCUACUUCCGGCAGCAGCCACUGGCAAUGCUGGAGAAGGGCCUGCAGUGCGAUGAGGUGGUGGAGGCCCUCGAUAGCUGGUACAAGGAGAACAGCCAGGUCCCCGUGGUCAAGUUCGCUAACGGCAAGGAAAUGGAGCUGGCGCCCACGAUCUUCACUCAGCUGGUACCCGGCCGGGGGGCACGGUUCCGAGUGCAGGUCCCUCUCCGGCUGGCCUGGGCUCUGACGGUGCACAAGUCGCAGGGCAUGACACUUGACAAGGUUAUCGUGGAUCUGUCAACCCUGUCAAGCCGGAACGGUGGUUGGCACGGCGUGGUCUACACCGCCCUGAGCCGGGUACGCACCAAGGAGGGGCUGCAGCUGUUUGGAACGGCCAACCGCACGAUCGAUGGGCGCGUUCUGCGAUGGUCGGAGGGCAGGCGGGCUCCGGCGGUGUGCCGGACGGACCCCAGCAGCGGCUUCCGGUGGCUCUGGGAGAUGGUGAAGGAACUGCCGAAGAACGCGGCUGCAGAGGGGUAUUUCCGGAACGACCCGCACCGGCAGCUGCUCGGUGACCGUGGCGGCGAGAGCAGCAGCAGCAGCACCAGCAGCACCAGCAGCACCAGCAGCACCAGCAGCACGGUUGAGAUGGCGACGAGCGCGGUGGGGGCUCGCCAGCAGCAGGGCAGCUCGGAUGAGGGCCCUGCUGGCAGCGGGUCCUCAUCAUCGGAUGCUGCCCUGCUUGCUUCGGGCGCAUCCACCAAGCUGCUGGGCCCUGGGGCCGCGGGGCAGCAGCAGCCUGCCGCAGACGUCCCCAACGCCGUCUUCAAGCUCAUGGCACGCGUAGACGAGGAAGCCGCCAAGGAGGCGCUAUCAGAACCCGCCGACAGUGAGGAGGAAGAGAAGUCGGUUGACGAGGGCACCUCGCUGCUGACCGCGGCAGCGCAUCACGACGACGACGACUCGUUGAGUUCCGAGUUGGCGGAGUGUAUGGCAGUGCUGCAGGCGCAGGUGGCGCGCAAGAAUGCGCCGCUUAAGUCGGAGCUGCGCCUGAUACUGGCGCGGAUGGGGAUGCUGCUGGACAGGUUGAAGAAGGAGGGGCUGUGAGGUGUGCUGGGGUGCUGGGCCGGGCACGAGUGGGUGCGUUCGUGUGCUUGCCGGCUACCGCGGGCCUGGUCGCUGUGUUGAAGAGCCGCUGGCAGCGCGUUCUAGGUUUCAGCUACUCCAUGUUUUGUUGCUACGGAGGGUGCGGGGAAGCAUCCUGGGGCAACCUAGCAGGGCAAUGUCUGUUUGCUAAAGCUUACUUGGAGUGUCAUCAUUAGCAGGACUGUAGCAGGUGUAGCCACCGUGCAUUGUGUUACAAUAGAAGCCAGGUCAUCAUGUCUGUUUCAUUGAUCAUACGUUCCAUAGCAUGUAGUGUAUGCUUGCCCGUCGCGGCUGGCUUUGGGACCAGACCUAGCUGGAGGACCCCGGGCAUCCGCAGAAUGUCAAUUACUUGCUCAAGCUCGAAGGUAUUAGGUUGGACACGCCAGGAUGAACGGUACAUGUAAUGUACGUUUUGUGCCGAGCGGAACUGUACGGAAUACCGGUACACAUUAGCUGUUAAAAAGUAGAUAUGAACUGGUUUCUGUUGUGUAGUGUGUGUUUUCAGGGGCAAGUGAGUAAUGCUGGUAGGAAGGCUUAUUACUGUCAACGUGCCCAGACCCAUGGGUCGCGUUACAAUGAGAGCCGUGUGCUGCAGCAUAAAUGGUAUAAUGUUAAAAUAUGUUAUGUAGUCCGGCGCAUUAUAAAUGAAUGACCAUUACAGUGAUGCAUUCCGAUGGUGUAAAGAUGCAUCUUAAUUCCGCACCCAUGUCCUACAAGCAGGUUCUGGAGUAUGCUUGCGGUGCUUUGCCUAGUUUGUAGUUGUCUGCCAGUCACGUCCGAGGGAAGCGUCGUGAACUUUAUGCAAAUUGAGGACAAAGGGCGAGAUGGGGUACACGUAGGCUACAUGGAAC